UAGAUCGUGUCCUCUUUCAAACCAGUGUUGUGCACAGACCCUCUGGUGUGCCUGCAUCACAGGAAAAACAUUCAAUCGCAAUGUUUAAAGGUAUGUUGAUUUAUCCUAAGAUUGCCAAAGAGUCCAUAGUCCCUCAUGAAGGAGGGAACAAAUCAAACAACAUUUAUCUCACAAAUAAAAGGAGGACAGCCAACCCAAACCUGGGGCAUCCAUGACAAGAAGCUAACACAGCCAGAGCUCAAGAUGGAGAAACUCUUAAUUUUGAUGGUGAUGUUUGCAACAUGUAGUGCUACACCCAAAGAUCUAUCAGGCAAAGUGUUCAUCUUUCCCAGGGAGAAUAAUAAAGAUCACGUGAAGCUCCUAACAAGUCAGACCGAAUUUAACUCUGUCACCACCUGUCUCAGAUUCCAGACAGAUCUCACCAGGAACUACGUUCUCUUCUCUUUGGCUACUUCCAGACACAACAAUGACUUUGUGCUCUUUAAGAUCAACUCACGUGAUGUAAUCAGGAUGCAUGCCCGGGACGGGGGAACAGACUUCCUGUCCCUAUCAUUUUCUCCAAACGCCUGGCACUCCAUGUGUGCCACCUGGCACUCUGACACUGGGUUGGCUCAGCUGUGGGUGGAUGGCAAAGCAACAAUUAAGAGGUUCAUCCAGACUGGAAACAUCACUGGACCACCCAGCACCGUGCUGGGCCAAGAGCAGGACGGCUACGGCGGGGGGUUUGAUGCAAAUCAAUCUUUCAUUGGUAUGAUUACAAAAGUUCACAUGUGGGACUACCUUCUCCCUGCCGCUGAGAUCAAACACUAUAUGGAUAACAAACACUUCACUCCAGGUAAUGUGUUCAACUGGAGAAACCUGGAUUUUGAAAUCAGAGGGCAGGUUUUUGUGGAGGAAGAGUCUGACAUUAUGUAAUUAAUCACUAGUCAGCAGACAUUUGUUGCAGCAUUCAUCAUGUCAAGCUUGUGUUAUCUUCUCUAAAGAUGAUUAAACUCUCUUCAGAAACUUAAAA